GUCAAAAUCAGCUUACGUCAGUAAGUGAAAUGUCAAGAUGAUAGUGGAUUACAAGAGUAAUUUCUGAUAAAUAAUUUUAGCGAAUUUAUAAAAAGGUGCCUUUUAAAGCAAUGUCGUUACUUCAUUAAAAUGGACAAGAAUAACACCGACUUCACCUUGCCGCCGGCACGAGGCUUAUGUUUCGAUCGGAAUGAUUUUAUCAAGACUAAUUUUUCAGUUGAUACGUUUCUUACGGAUCAUCAAAAUGUGGCCUCCUUGGAGAAAAUGCGCGACGACCUAGGCGUGUAUCUCAAAGUUUUAAGGCUCGCUAUGAUAGAGUUAAUUAAUAAAGAUUACGCUAAUUUCGUUAAUCUAUGUGCUACGUUGAUCGGUUUUGAUAAAGCAAUAGUAAAAAUUCAAGUGCCAUUAGAGCAGCUAAAUGAAGAAGUUGUUAGUGUAAAACAAUGUUUGGAAGAUGCAAUGAAAGAGUUGUCAAUUUGGUUAAACCAGAGACACAGUCUACUGAAGAAGAAACAACUUCUCAAACACUACAGCCAGACUGUAAACAGUUUAAGAACAUUGGAGACUGUAUUGAGAGAUAUUUCUGAUAAGAAUAAAUUGGAGCAAAUAAUUGUAGCGGAACGCACUGCCUUAUUAUACAAUCAAUUAAAAUUCACAUUCAGUAAAUGUGAAAACUUACUGAGUUCCGAGCAGAAGGAACUAUAUAAUGAUAUUGGUGGAAAAUUAAUUCAAAUUCUAAAUACAUUGCUGUUUCAUUUUUGGAAUGAAAAUGAUGAAAACAAUCUUUUAAAAACAUUAAUAAUUUUGACAACAUUAGAUCGUAUAAAAGAAACUGAGUUAUUAAUACGAAAGCAAGCUAUUGCUCCAUUAUUACAGGACAUUAUUAAUGAACCAGCAUUACAGAGAAGCAAAGAUGGUUUGCAAGGCAUUUAUACUAAAAUAUUAGCAUUAUUGGAUACAAAAUUAAAAUUGUUUCUAACGGUAAUGCAACAUUCCACAUUAACAUUUCUCUCUAAGAAAUAUAGAUUUUUAGUUAAUUGUUUUUGGUGCGAAGUGGAAAGUAGAAUAGAAGUGAAUUUAGCAUCUAUCUUUGCACCGGGGAAUCCACAGUUAUUUUAUAAGAGAUACAGUGAAAGUAUACAGUUUGUUAGAAGGUUGGAAGAGUAUUGUGUUGCUGAAGGAACUGUGCAAAUGUUGCAUGAUACAAUAGAAUACAAGAGUUUUCAAAAGAGAUGGAAUUUGCCAGUGUAUUUUCAAAUAAGAUUCCAGGAAAUUGCAGGUGGUUUUGAGUCAUCUUUAAGAAAGAGUCCAACAGUUGAGAACAAAGAUGGGUUUAUUCAUAAAGAAACUUUAAAAUGUUGGGUCAGUCUGCAUAAUUCUUGGUCAGAUGGUAUUUAUAUAGAAGCAUUGGCACAUAAAUUCUGGAAGCUUUCGUUGCAAUUGUUGGCCAGAUAUGCGUCAUGGACAACUAAUGUUUGUUCACAGCAGGAUUCCAUACGAAAGUUGGAAACAACCGGCAUAAACAACACAUUGAUAGAUAACAGUUUAAACAUAUACAUAGAUACUCAAACAUUGUUAAAGAAAUUACCAGAAUUUCUAGCACAUGUUGAAACCAAAAUACCAAUUGAGAAAAGUAAACCUCUACUUAGAGAAAGCUUAAAUUCUUCUAUAGAAAUCUUACAACUGACUGAAAUUAAAAUAAGAGAUUGCAUUGUGAAUGAAUUGUUCGAUUAUUACAAUAUUCAAUUGAAACAAGUUAGUGACAUACCAAGGCUCUAUAGGAAAACUAACCGCAGUAUACCUACAAAGCCCUGCGCUUAUAUUGAUGUGGUUACAAAUUCUCUUACAGAAUUUAAUGAGGGUGCAGUUAAAAAAAUAGAUAAUUUGUUUUUAAUAGGACUUUAUGAAGCUUUAUUUAAUAUUAUGACAGUUUCGUACUAUAAAUAUGUGGAAGAUGUUUUAACCUCAGUGCAGAAGACCGAAGAGUCACUGCGAAGACUGAAACAGAUCCGUGACAUGUCUUCACAGCAGAAUAUUGAGAGCACCGGUAUUACUGAUGGUGAUAAAAUACGUCUGCAACUUAAUGUAGAUGUGUUAGCGUACACAAGGCUGGCACAAUCCCUAUCUGUUGAAGUACAUAAGGUACAAAAGUUCAACGAACUCUCGUCUACAAUCACUGAAGCUGUAAAAAAUAUAGAAAUUAAAUGAUAUCCCAGUUAUA